GAAGUGUAAGCAAUUGGAUUACAACGGUGACAUUUUUGAACACGAGUGAUGUUAAAGCAAUUUGAAUGCAUUGGAACAUGGCUACUUCAUAAAAUGCAAAAAUUAAAGGAAAUUAUUGCGUAUCAAAACCUACUGAAUAUCUGAAUUUUCUAGGCAUCCUGCAUUUAACUGUGUCCUUAAAAAUCCAUGAUUAAGAUCUCAUGCAACCGUUGUAUAUUUUGGAGACUAUUUUCCAGAAGAGAACUGUGCAUUUAAAAAGCAGAAAUGACUGUGUUUUCUCUUGGAACUUACUAAGGUUGAACAUACUGAAAGACCAUGACCAGCUUGAAGCGGUCCCAGACUGAAAGGGCUGUUGCCACUGGGGUAUCAGUCGGAACAGAUGGUACCUCAAAAGUCCACUCGGAUGACUUCUAUAUGAGGCGCUUUAGAUCACAGAAUGGCAGCUUAGGAUCUGCAGUUAUGGCUCCAGUUGGACCUCCUCGCAAUGAAAGUUCCCAUCAUGUUACCUCUACCCCCGGAGUCCCUAAAAUGGGGGUCAGGGCAAGGAUUGCUGAUUGGCCCCCAAGGAAGGAGAACAUCAAGGAAACAAGCAGAUCUAGCCAAGAUAUUGAAACAUCAAGUUGCCUUGACAGUAUGUCUUCUAAAAGCAGUCCUGGGAGUCAGGGAAGCUCUGUUAACCUGAAUGCUACUGAUUCUGUCAUGUUAAAGAGCAUCCAGAGCACACUUAAAAACAAGACCAGACAAUCUGAGAAUCUAGAUUCCAGGUUUCUUACACCCGAUGGCUAUCCCAGUUCCCCAAGGAAAGCUCUUCGCAGAAUACGACAACGGAGCAACAGCGACAUUACCAUAAGUGAGCUUGAUGUGGAUAGUUUUGAUGAAUGUAUUUCACCAACUUUUAAAUCUGGACCAUCUCUGCACAGGGAGUAUGGCAGCACAUCUUCCAUAGAUAAGCAGGGAACUUCAGGGGAAAGUUUUUUUGACUUAUUGAAGGGCUAUAAAGAUGAAAAGUCUGAUCAGAGAAGCCCAGGCACAACUAAGCUCGGUGAGCUCCUGAUUGCCAGUGGAAGCAAGGGUUCAGGAUUCUCUCUAGAUGUGAUAGAUGGACCUAUUACUCAAAGGGAAAACCUAAGACUCUUUAAAGAAAGGGAGAAGCCACUCAAAAGACGCUCAAAAUCAGAGACAGGAGAUUCAUCCAUUUUUCGUAAGCUGCGCAAUGCCAAAGGUGAAGGGGAACUUGGGAAGUCUUCAGAUCUUGAAGAUAACAGGUCAGAAGAUAGUGUCAAGCCUUGGACUUGUCCAAAGUGUUUUGCUCAUUAUGAUGUACAGAGUAUUUUAUUUGAUUUAAAUGAAGCGGCAAUCAACAGGCAUAAUGUUAUUAAAAGAAGGAACACAACGACAGGUGCAUCUGCUGCUGCUGUAGCAUCACUUGUCUCAGGACCUUUGUCCCAUUCUGCAAGUUUUAAUUCUCCAAUGGGCAGCACUGAAGACCUGAAUUCAAAAGGAAGUCUCAACAUGGACCAGGGAGAUGAUAAAAGCAAUGAACUAGUGAUGAGUUGUCCUUAUUUUCGUAAUGAGAUUGGUGGGGAAGGGGAGAGGAAGAUCAGCCUUUCCAAAUCUAAUUCAGGUUCCUUCAGUGGAUGUGAAAGUGCCUCAUUUGAGUCGACUCUGAGUUCUCAUUGCACAAAUGCUGGAGUUGCAGUUCUGGAAGUACCCAAGGAGAAUCUGAUUUUGCAUCUAGACAGAGUGAAAAGAUACAUUGUUGAACAUGUAGACCUCGGUGCAUAUUAUUAUCGAAAAUUCUUCUACCAGAAAGAACAUUGGAACUAUUUUGGGGCAGAUGAAAACCUGGGUCCCGUAGCUGUGAGUAUAAGAAGAGAGAAGCCAGAGGAAAUAAAAGAGAACGGGCCUCAAUACAACUACCGGAUCAUAUUCCGAACUAGCGAGCUCAUGACAUUGAGAGGCUCUGUGCUGGAAGAUGCUAUCCCUUCCACUGCAAAACACUGCACAGCAAGGGGACUGCCCCUAAAAGAAGUGCUGGAGUAUGUGGUACCAGAGCUGAAUAUCCAUUGCCUGAGGCUGGCCUUCAACACUCCAAAAGUCACAGAACAGCUUAUGAAGCUUGAUGAACAAGGGUUAAGUUACCAGCUCAAGGUGGGUAUCAUGUACUGCAAAGCCGGGCAAAGCACGGAAGAGGAAAUGUAUAAUAAUGAAUCAGCAGGUCCUGCCUUCGAGGAGUUUCUUCAGCUCUUGGGAGAAAGAGUGCGACUCAAGGGAUUUGACAAGUAUCGUGCUCAGCUGGAUACAAAGACUGAUUCAACGGGUACUCACUCUCUAUACACAACAUACAAGGACUAUGAAAUCAUGUUCCAUGUUUCUACUAUGUUGCCAUAUACUCCAAACAACAAGCAACAGCUUCUGAGAAAGCGACAUAUUGGAAAUGAUAUUGUGACAAUAGUUUUCCAGGAACCUGGAGCACAACCAUUCAGCCCAAAGAACAUUCGAUCCCACUUCCAGCACGUGUUUGUCAUUGUAAGAGUGCACGGUCCCUGUACUGACAGCGUUUGUUACAGUGUUGCUGUGACAAGAUCCAGAGAUGUACCAUCCUUUGGACCACCUAUUCCAAAAGGCGUCACGUUUCCUAAAUCAAAUGUGUUCAGGGACUUCUUACUAGCCAAAGUAAUUAAUGCAGAGAAUGCUGCUCAUAAAUCAGAAAAGUUUCGCGCAAUGGCUACCAGGACCCGUCAAGAGUACUUGAAAGACUUGGCAGAGAAGAAUGUCACCAACACACCUAUUGACCCUUCUGGGAAGUUCCCCUUCAUCUCGCUUGCUUCAAAAAAGAAAGAAAAGUCCAAACCUUAUCCAGGAGCAGAGAUCUAUAGCUCUGGUGCUAUUGUAUGGAGUGUCCACGCAAAAGACUACAGCAAGGGCAUGGAAAUAGACUGUCUCCUAGGCGUCUCGAAUGAGUUUGUAGUCCUCAUUGAACAGGACACAAAAAGCGUGGUGUUCAAUUGCUCCUGUCGAGACGUGAUAGGGUGGACUUCAACAGACACAAAUAUCAAAAUAUUCUAUGAGAGAGGUGAAUGUGUUUCUUUGGAGAGUUUCAUCAGCAACAUUGAUGAUAUCAAAGAGAUCGUCAAAAGGCUGGAGCUUGUGACUAAGGGCUGUGAAACAGUGGAGAUGACUCUGCGUAGGAAUGGUCUGGGGCAGCUUGGUUUCCAUGUAAACUAUGAAGGCAUCGUGGCAGACGUUGAGCCCUACGGCUACGCGUGGCAGGCAGGACUGCGGCAGGGCAGCCGCCUGGUGGAGAUCUGCAAGGUGGCUGUAGCCACUCUGAGCCAUGAGCAGAUGAUUGAUCUUCUCAGAACGUCAGUAACAGUGAAGGUCGUAAUUGUCCCUCCAUAUGAGGACUGCACACCACGCAGGAGUUCUUCAGAAAACUACCGUAUGCCAGUGAUGGAAUACAAAGUGAAUGAUGGAAUGCCAUAUGAAUUCAAAUUUCCCUUCAGAAAUAAUAAUAAAUGGCAGCGAAAUGCAGGCAAAGGGCAGGGACCUCAUGUGGCUCAGGUACCAUCCCAAAUACAAAGUCCAGUACCAUCUAGGAUUGGCGCUGGGAAAGGAGAAGGGAAAAUGGCACCCCCAGAACGAGCAGCCAACAUUCCCCGGAGCAUCUCCAGUGAUGGGCGCCCGUUGGAGAGCAGGAGAGUAAAGAUCACCUAUCAGGAGGUGCUGGAGUCUGUGCGUGUUUCUGGUGCAGGUAGCAGCGAUGAUGCUCUGCUGUGCUUUGCUCCCUACGACUUGUUCUUUGCUCAGCUCUCGAUUGGUUGGAGAAAUGGAGGACCAAGG